GUAGAAAGCUGAUGCUCAGGCCCAAGAGAUAGAAAGGCUGAAGGGGCCUGGAGUCCACAGGAGAGCAGAGGGGUUUGUAUGCUGCAGCAGGAGCUGUCCCAAAGGAUGGAGUCACCAGCACAUGUGGCCUCCCUGCCAGAAGACGAGGAGCUGCAGCCCUGGGGAAGCCCAAGAUGCCCUGGUCAGCACCCAGGAAGACUAGAGGGAGCAGAGUAUGCUGAACCAGGGGCCAGGGAGAAGGCACGGCCAAAGUGGGGCAACCCGAUGCAGUUCUUACUUAUCUGUGUCUCCUAUGCAGUGGGCCUGGGCAAUGUGUGGCGCUUCCCCUACCUGUGCCAGAUGUAUGGUGGAGGGAGUUUCCUGGUCCCCUACAUCAUCAUGCUCAUCGUGGAAGGGAUGCCACUCUUGUACCUGGAGCUGGCUGUGGGGCAGCGCAUGAGGCAGGGAAGCAUCGGUGCCUGGAGGACCAUCAGCCCCUACCUCAGUGGUGUCGGGAUUGCUAGCUUGGUGGUCUCCUUCUUGGUCUCUGUCUAUUACAACGUCAUCAACACCUGGGCUGUCUGGUACCUCUUCCACUCCUUCCAGGAUCCCUUGCCAUGGUCUGUCUGCCCACUGAAUGGCAACCGCACAGGCUAUGAUGAGGAGUGUGAGAAGGCUUCGUCCACGCAGUAUUUCUGGUACAGGAAAACACUCAACAUCUCACCGUCCAUCCAGGAGAACGGAAAUGUGCAGUGGGAGUCAGCUCUGUGCCUCACCCUGGCCUGGCUGAUUGUGUAUCUGUGCAUCCUACGGGGCACCGAGUCGACUGGCAAGGUGGUCUACUUCACUGCAUCGCUGCCCUACUGCGUGCUCAUCAUCUAUCUGGUUCGGGGCCUCACACUGCAUGGAGCCACCAAUGGCCUGGUGUACAUGUUCACGCCUAAGAUCAAGGAGCUGGCCAACCCCAAGGCCUGGAUCAAUGCAGCUACACAGAUCUUCUUCUCACUGGGCUUGGGGUGUGGUGGACUGAUUGCCUUUGCCAGUUACAACGAGCCCUCCAACAACUGCCAGAAGCACGCCAUCAUUGUGUCCAUCAUCAACAGCUCCACUGCCAUAUUUUCCUGUAUCGUGACCUUCUCCAUCUAUGGCUUCAAGGCCACCUUCAACUAUGAAAACUGCUUAAACAAGGUGAUUCUGCUGCUGACCAAUUCUUUUGACCUUGAAGAUGGCUUUUUGACAGCCAGCAACCUGGAGGAGGUGAAGGACUACCUGGCGUCUACCUACCCGAGCAAGUACAGCGAGGUGUUCCCACACAUCAGAAACUGCAGCCUGGAAUCAGAGCUGAACACGGCCGUCCAGGGCACGGGCCUGGCCUUCAUUGUCUACACUGAGGCCAUUAAAAACAUGGAGGUGUCCCAGCUGUGGUCGGUGCUCUACUUCUUCAUGCUGCUGACGCUGGGAAUGGGGAGCAUGGUGGGAACAGGAACAGCCAUCCUCACUCCUCUGACUGACAGCAAAGUCAUCUCCAGCUACCUGCCAAAGGAGGCUAUCUCAGGUCUGGUGUGCCUCGUCAACUGUGCCAUCGGCAUGCUCUUCACCAUGGAGGCCGGCAACUACUGGUUUGACAUAUUCAACGACUACGCAGCUACGCUGUCCCUGCUGCUCAUCGUGCUGGUGGAGACCAUCGCUGUGUGCUACGUGUAUGGGCUGAAGAGAUUUGAAAGUGACCUUCAGGCCAUGACUGGCCAUGCUCUCAACUGGUACUGGAAGGCUAUGUGGGCCUUCGUGAGCCCUGUGCUCAUCGUUGGCCUCUUUAUUUUCUACUUGAGUGACUACAUCCUCACAGGGACGCUGCAAUACCAAGCCUGGGAUGCCACUCAGGGUCAUGUGGUAACCAAGGAUUACCCCCCAUAUGCACUAGCUGUCAUCGGACUGCUGGUGGCCUCAUCUACCAUGUGCAUCCCCCUGGUGGCCCUGGGGACUUUUGUCAAACGCCACUUCAGGAAGAAGUGA